CAAAUGCUAUAUAAGCUUGCAGAGAGAAACGAAGCGCGCGAGUAGAAGAGAGAGAGACGGGAGAAGAGGAAGCAUGGCCACCUUUCCCUCGCGUAUCAACGCGGUACUGUGCGUCGCUUAUUAGCCCGCCCCCCUGGUCCAUCCUUGGCGGAAAAAGCGAGGGUUGCAACGCUGGACUCAGGAUAAUGCUCUCUAAUUGCUUUCGUGAUCCCGGCCGCCUUCAUUGAUACGUUUUCAACCCUCUUAAAGCGAGCCGUGUGUCCAGUCACGCGUGGGUAGCGGCAAUCGUCGCUCUAGGACACCCCUCGCGCGCGCGCGCCACCCCUCUCUUUUUUCCCUCCCCGCGGGCCGAUUUCUUCCCCCUUGAUACAUUGUGUUUGGUACCUGCCGCCCCAACAGGUACACGGCGCCCGAUACACCAUGAUACACGCGCGUAAUAAUGGCAGUGACGUGUACCGUUCGUAUCGCGAGCCCGCCGGGGCUUCCCUUUGAUCUGCGGAUUAUUGAAUGCGCCACACCUGCGAGGAAAAUUCCUCUCUCCAGCAUCGGAGAGGUAGUAGCGGUGGUGGCGACGACUCAGUGGGUGCAGAGAGAGGCGAAGGAGUGAUUGCCAUGACUACGACAGGAGCCCAGUAUGCCCUCGCAGCAGCAUCCACCGGGGCUAAUAACAGUGGGGGUAGCUCCACGGCGGUAGGGGUGGAUUCUAAGCAAAAUGUGGUUGUCGUGACUACUACUUCCAGUUCCAGUGGCGGUGCUAGCGGAGCACAGACUCAGUCUGCCAGAGGCCAGCAACUUAUCACUGUCGUGACGAGCCCCGAUCCUUCCAGUCCAAAUAAUCUGCAGCCUAUUCAGUUAUUGGUUCAGGAUACGCUUGAAACAGCUGCAGAUUCGUCCAACGGCUCAACAGGUACGCCAGCGCAUGUUACAGCACAGGUAGUGGUCAAUACUACUCACUCGGGCCAGCACGCGCUAGUGGACUCCGACGCUGCUUCUACGUCAGCCGGCACCAUCGUCAGUGGUUCCCCGCAUUACAUAACAGUCACAGGCACCGGUGAUUCAUCGUCCUACGCGUCCCUCACAACGGCUGUAGUGUCUGGUGACGCAGAGGCGGUGGGGUCCGAGUCGGUCUCUCAUCCAACUUACGUUCAAUAUGUCGAGGGGGAUGGUUCCACGUAUAUACCGGCGAAUGGCCAGAUGACAUAUCCCGUUUAUGCUGUCGGCGAGACGGGAGCGAUGUACACUCCGGCUUCGGGUCAGUACUAUACUCCAGCGACAACGCCAGUAACGUAUGCACAGGUCACGGGACAAGGCACGAAUUCGACCGGGCAACUGUUAUCACAAGGCAACGGCACGUACUUGAUUCAACAGAGCGUAGUGGACGGAGACCCGACUCAUGCGCUCAUAUCCGCGGCUGCCGCGCGCGCCAGUCCGCAAACGGAAACUGCGGAGGCUGUGGUUAGCGGUGGUGGCGGGGCGUACUUGAUCAGCGGUAAUUCUGGAGGUACCACUGUCACCGUGGAAGAGACAGCGGCAAACGUGACGCAUGCCACUAGAGUCUCCCAGGCCACCGUACACUGGUUGUUGGAGAAUUACGAAACCGCUGACGGCGUGUCCCUUCCAAGAUCAACUCUCUACAAUCAUUACCUACGCCAUUGCUCCGAAAACAAAUUGGAUCCUGUGAACGCAGCCAGUUUCGGGAAAUUAAUACGCUCUGUAUUCUUGGGAUUGAGAACUAGGCGUUUAGGGACUAGGGGAAACUCGAAAUAUCAUUAUUAUGGAAUUCGUGUGAAGCCAAGUUCAUCUCUGUCUAUAUUGAACGAGGAUGGCACAUCGAGACAACAGCAGAGUGCGAACUCUCAGACUAAACGAUUCAAAUUUGUCAAUCAAAAGCAGGAGUCGUCUUAUGAGAAUAACGCACACGCGAACACAAAUAUCUCCACCAAUUCUUCACCGCCACAGUAUCAUCAGUACCUCGGUGAGGCGAGCGGCGCCAUUCCCGAUUUCCCGGAGAUCUUCAUCAGUCACGAUUCGGCUCUGCCCGAGGAUUGCACUCUCGAAGAUAUCGAUACGUUCCGCAGCAUAUACAGAGAACAUUGCGAAGCGUUCUUGGACGCGGUGCUGAAUUUCGAGUUCGCCACGGUGGAGAGCCUCUGGAGAGAAUUCUGGCGCAGCCAGGACAAUAAUAACGGUGAUGAAUGCGAAGAGGAGAAAUAUUUGUCAAAAACCAAACUAUAUCAGAUGUGUCAGUGUGCGGGAGUACAAGACUUUAUCAAAAAGGUGGACUAUACAUUCUAUCAGAAUCUAGUCGAUGUUUUAAUGCCUAAUGUAUUGCGACCGAUACCAAGUUCGUUGACACAGUCUAUCCGAAACUUUGCAAAAGGAUUAGAAUCUUGGUUGCAGUCAGCAAUGGCCGAUUGUCCUGAAGAAAUGACGCAAAUUAAGUUAACUGCAGUGUCAGCUUUUGCUCAAACUUUAAGGCGCUAUACAUCGUUAAAUCAUCUUGCACAAGCCGCGCGAGCCGUGCUUCAGAAUUCUAGUCAAAUUAAUCAAAUGUUAGCUGACUUGAAUCGCGUUGACUUUCACAACGUGCAAGAACAAGCAUCCUGGGUAUGCCAAUGUGAUUACGGGAUGGUACAACGUCUCGAGGCGGAUUUUAAGGUAACGUUGCAGCAACAAAAUUCACUGGAGGAUUGGGCGAUUUGGUUGAAAGGAGUUGUGACUCAAGCGCUCAAGCCACAUGAAGAGAAGCCAACAUUUGCUAAAGCUGCACGUCAAUUCCUGCUUAAGUGGUCGUUUUAUAGCUCGAUGGUUAUCCGGGAUCUCACUUUGAGAAGUGCUGCGAGUUUCGGAUCUUUUCAUCUUAUCAGAUUACUUUAUGACGAGUACAUGUUUUAUUUAAUAGAGCAUCAAGUCGCUAUCGCAACUGGAACUACGCCAAUAGCUGUAAUGGGAGACAAAAGUCAAAAUUGCUCUUUAAUUAGUGGCUUCGGGGCAACGUCCAAUGGAGAUGCGUCUAAUGCGAGCCAACCAAAACGUAUGAAGCUAAGCUAACUGUGUGCCUACGCCCUUUAGUUUAUGAGUAAACCGGUAACACACGAAAAUGUAAGGAUACUAGCACGAAAACAUGCAGGCCUACUACAAGAGAAAAAAAAACACUAGUCUCAUAAAUUAUUAUUUUAUAUAACGUCAAAUUACAAUUACGACAUAUAAGAAGAGGAUUUUUGCAUAACGCCUACGAUGUAUACAAUUCAAGUAAGUCUGUGUGAUAUAAGAUAUAGAGAGGUAUUGUAUUGUACUACGCGAAGCCUUGUCUCAUACACAGGUAUGGCGCAGGUUUAAAGUAUCGCUGGCACGAUUUUAGUACGUUAGUAUAUAUCGAAUCUAGUCGAAACAUCUUUUGGAAGAAAAUAAGAGUAUACGGGACCAUGAACUUAUCAUGCCCUCACUAGAACAUGUAUGAAAAGUCCACUCGAUUGUGUUUUCUGCAUUUAUUGGAAAAAGAAUUUUUUGUAGUUAUAGAUAAGAAUAAUAUACAGAGUGCGACACCCUGUAUAUAUUACAUUAUUAGUUACAUGUUGUUAAUACCUGUUAAGAUAAAUUUAUAGUUAACUUAUAAAUUUUAGAUUUUAUUUAUUUAUACGUUUAAAACACAAGGUAUAAAACAUAACAAUGGCAAAAGUGCGCUAAGGCAUACAUAUUCGUUUGUAUAUUUUAUUGUGAAUAAAGAUAUUCAAAUUAUUUAAUACCAUUAUUUGAAGGAAACUAUAUCGAGUGGGCUUGAAAUAAUCAUCAGUUUGCGCAAAGGAAAACGCGAGAGAAUAUAAUUUUAUCUUCGACAAGAUGGAUUUCACCUACGUUUUGCUCGCGAAUUCUAGUUUGCGCAAAUUACACGCAAACCAAUUACAAAAAUCCGCCCUACCGACGGUAAUAUGUCACAAGUAUUCCUAUCGGAAUAUUAGAUUGCUGUAACGGUACAUAAACUUUUAAAGUUUACACACAUACAUAUAUCCGACAUUCAUAUUUUUUAACGUAAUUUAUUGAUUGAACACAUCGAGCUCUGUGGGAAGAUUUCGUUUGAGAGCAGUCUAUUGCAGCCGGUUGCUAUUCUCUCAGUAUAAUUAAACGAAUAGUACAAAAUUUUAUUGAAAAGAGAGAAAGGUAGAGAGGGAGACGCGAGUAUCCGAGAUUGUUUUAAUUUACUGAUAGAAUAUACAGUGUGCGUCUUAUACGUUGGAUGUAUAUACAUAUAUAAAAUGUAGCGGAUGAAAAUACGUACGAUUGUUGAAGUUAAAAGAGGAAACUGCAAAAUAUAUGAUAAGCGCGAUACGAGCAUCUUCAACCAUUUCAAAAGUCGGUUGGGGAUGCCUACGGUAAAAAUAUGUGUCGGUAUAUGUUUUGUAUUCAUAGGCACUCCAAUAGCGUCUUUUGUAUUGUAAAAAAAUAUUAUAGGAUGUAAGAGUCUCCAAUAUCGCUAGAAUUUCGUACGUUGAGUUUCGUUUGUUUAUGUAUAUUAUUUAAGGCGAUUUAAUAUUUAUUCACGCGGUUGCGCAUGUUACACAGCCGCGUUACACGAAUUUCUAUUUAUUUCAAGACGAAGUUGAAUCGGUCUUACGUUUCAAGCGACAAGUAUUUAUAAUGAAUUGUUCUACAUAUAUCCGUGGAUAAGUUGCUUCUUAAACAUCGAAGACGUUGUAAAUCAAAAUAAAAAAAAAAGGAAUUUAUAAAUAUUAAUUAAUUACAUUGUAGCACUGGACAGUGGUAAUUCGACACGUCCGUUCUUUUUCACAAUGAUUUUUUUAUUUUAAGUAUAGCUGUUGAUUUAUUGUACAUUUUAAGUGAAUUAUACAUUUUGCGAGAAGCCUAUAGGCAAGAAAUCUGUUUGAUGUAUCUGUUUAUGUAUGUCGGAAAUGUAUUUUUAAAUAUUUCUCAACGCAUAUAUAUAUACAACAUAUAUGUAAUACAUAUGUAUAUAUAGAUGCGUGUAAAACGCGCAGUUUCAACGAAACCAAAGUGCACCAUUGCAUAGCUUAACUCGUUUCUGUAACUUUUGCAUGGUAAAACGCUUCGGCGAAUCCUAUAUUUUCGCAUAUUACUUUCCAAAUUUGCCAAGAAACAUACAAAAUGCAAAAAAAAAAACCGUGUAGGAGAGCAACGAGGCCGCUUAAGCAAAUUGAGAUUUUUAUAUCCUUGGUAAUUAACCUUGUAAUAAUGAUGCAAUCAUUUUAUGAGGUACUGCGCUCAGAUUCUUUCGAACGUGAGAUCAAUGCUCUUUUAAUUAGCAUCACACUUUCCACUGUAAAAUAUGAAAUUUAUACAAAUCUCUCGCGACAUCAUUUUUCCACUCGAGUGAGAAUUACAGUUUGAUGAAGCAGCACAAAUGAUAACCCUCGAGAAUGACUUGGCAGAAUUGUUAAUUUAGCAUGAGUAUCAUUGUAUGGCCAAGCUAUUAAUUCGCGUCGUUAAUUAAAUCGGGUUUUAUUGAAUUCUCAACGAGGUCGCACGAUAUCUAAGAAACAAUAUUGUGAGGAGAAAAAAGAAAGAAGAAAAGGGAACUCGGUGCCUUUUAUUUUAUAAAGACGAAGGGACAUAAGCAUCUUUUCACACCGCAUUCUAAUAGCGAACGACGAGCGUAGAAACUUUACCAGUAGCAAUAUAAAGAAAAUGCCUGUUAAUUAAUCGCAACCGCCUUCUACGUUUGUAAAGAAGGCGUGCUUUAUGAUCGGUACCUCUCCCUUCGGAACCGGUUGUUUACCGGCUAUUUAUUAGAGAAAUGUCUACGCCGGGUACGGUUCAAAAAUGCGCCACGUGUCAUUUGCGUUACAAACCACUCGGCUGUUGAGAGAGAUUGAUAUCUCUUUCAACAGGAACGCGCGUGAUCUUCGCCACUCACGCCCGUUCCUUGACAUUCUCUUCGGCGUCCGAAUAAUUUAAUCUUCUUUGCAUUUCGUUUCUCAUUUGCGUGCGAGGGCACGAGCGUAGGAAGCAUAUCAUUUCCGCUUUUUCGUCGCAUCCUUGACUGAAACUUUGCGUCCACGUCCCGCGAGCGUUUCCUCUUCCAAGCUACGUAACGAUAUGACAACAAAGGGUACUAAAAGAAGAAAAGAAACGAGAAACUGAUUUCAUUGUUCGCGACGCAAAUCGCGGAGUAAGCGUCGAUAAAAAUACAUAGAAUACGUGCGUUUAUAAUUUAUUGCAUAGGAUUAUCGCGUGCUAGUCAGAGAAAAACUUGGUAGUAUGUCUAAGUGAUGAGAGACGUGAUGGGAACGUGAGUGAGUGAGAGUGAGAGAGAAAAGGUGAGAGCACAUCGCGCAGUACAUCGAGCAGGAUCUAGGACGUUUCCGUAACUGUAAUGAGCUUAUACGUGUAAAGAUAUAGAGAAUGAAACUUAUCGUCGAUACCUAUGUGUACCUAGGAUGUAAGGAAUACUGUUUUACGGGGGCGAUUCGCGGCGAUUUCUCCCGCCGUCAACGAAGGAAAGGUCCGAGUGCGGGGGCGACCCGGCCGCUGCGAGGGAAAGAACGGAAGGAAAAGGGUCCUGCCCUUCCAGAGGAGAGAAUCGCUUCCUCUAAGACGAGGCGCGUCUUUCAGCAGUCGCCGCGUCGCGCCCGCUUCUAUGUUUAAGGAGAUCGCUCUAAUCGUAAGUUUUGUAGUCUCGCCGCGAUAGACGAGGGGAGGGGAGUGAACGGUAGUCCGAUAGUAACUGUACUGUACGCAAGAUCAAACAUACAUCGUGGUUUCCUAUGUUGCGAGAUAAGUAAACACACGGCCUUAAAUAUAUUUCAGACUGUACGACGGAGAAGGAAAAAUAGGAGGAGGGAAUGGGAUAAGUGGAGUAGGAUUUAGGGGUAGGUUUGAGAAGGAGAAAGAGAGAGAGAGAAAAAAAAUUGCUACACAUUUUUCCUUGUGACGUAUAGAAGAUAUUUUGAUACCUCCAGAUUUGCACAAAUCAAGUGUCAUUCGUUACCGCUUGAAUAAGAUUAUUUUUACUGAAUGCCGCUCAAAAAAAAAAGAGAGAGAGAAAG